AUGUCUCGCACUGCACUCAGAGCGCUGCGAGGUCAACCUCUGGCACGUAUACACGAAGACAGGCGACGAAGGAGGAAGGAAGCGCUUGUGCGUGCCAGUACUCAAGACUCUUCCAGCACCCAAGCCACACUCGUACCCUCUCACACCGGCGAUGAUAGCUACGCACCCUUCUCCUUGCCUAAGCUUCUGGAACGACUGGGCGGUCUUUUGCGGUUGCACUCGUUACCUCCUGAUAGAGCUCUUCUGCUGGCAAGAGCCGGAUGGGAGCGCAGUGCUGUUUCGAGUCUGGAGGUCCGAGGUGCUAGCGAAGGCGAGCGCGUGAAUUCGAAAGUCUGCUGCUCAACUUGCCGGGCUGGGUUGUCUGACGACGCUGCGAGCUCAAGAGGAGCUGAAAUAGGCCAGAGAGUAG